GCCAGCUGUCAGCAAUUCCAUUCCCCUUCUCCUUCCCUGCAACCAGUUGUCUCUGCCAUGCCCACCAAAUCCUCAUCCUGAUCAAAACUGGGAUUAUGCAUUGCAUUGAAAUGCUGCUGUUAAGUUAACAAAUUUCACGUCACAUGCCGGUGGUAAUAAACCUGAUUCUGACUCUGAUUAUAAUGCGAUUACUGUAUCUGAUAUGAACGUAAAUGACAACUUCCCAUGAAGCGCGGAUUCCCGGCACUUGUUAUUGUUUGAAGACAGCAGUACUGUACGGUGUUGGAGCAAACUGACGACAACUCGGUAACUAAUACUGUAUUUGCAAUCUUACGUGAGAGGAAUGCCGCACCUUUCAAGACGUUUCAAUAAGUGCCUGUUUUACUUGGAAAUAUGCAUGUUUUGACUUUAAAACGAACAUCGAAAUGUGACAGCCACUAGCCGCUCUGUACGAUGUGAAUGGAAAUCGCAAGGUAGGUAGGAGAUGCACAAGGAGUGCUCUGCACUGCAACCCCGCCUCAACAAUUUGCCUUCAAGCAAUUAGGAUUCAGGGCGACUGUCGUCACGAUUCCCGCCGACAGGGGAAGCAGGAAGGGAUUGCACCGCGGCGUCAAACUUUCGGCUCCGUUCGGUGCCAAAAGUCCGGAUGAAAGCGCUUCACACGAUCGCAGCAGUUGGAGCACCCUGAGCAGGAGGGAUCGCUAUCGGAAGUUUAUGUGAAAGAGAGUUUACGGAAUGAACGGGAUUCGUCAUGUUUGAAGCAACAAUACCUGUCGAAAUAUACAACGAGGAUGAAAGCUGGUGAACAAGGCAAUCAGAGCAGUGCGGUUGAGCCCGGCCCGUCUCUUUUCUGGAACUGGAACUACUGGAUCAGCUGCUUUACCCACGACCAGGUCUGCAUAUCCUUCGCGCUCUGGGCUUUAUCGCAGUUCUUUUGGGUGGUCGCCCACAUUACGUUGAUUUAUUGCCGUUGUAAACAGAGUCUUUGGAAGCAAGAAUCCUUAUAUUGUGUUAUCUAUGCCUUCGUGGGCAAUAUGUGCAACAUGUUUGGAGCCCUUCUUGCAAAACAACUGAAUAUUCAGGUUUUUACAGCAGCUUAUAUGGCAGCAGUGGAUAUUGUCUAUUUCGUGCUAAUUCUGUUUCCUGUGUGUGGUUCCAGAUCAAAAUCAGAACUAUUGAGACACAAGAAAAGAAGAGGAAGAAGAAGAACUGCUUUACUCAUAGUUUGCCUGCCUUUUGUUAUCAGCACAAGUUACUUCUUUUGGCCGUCUCCUAUUGCUCAAGUGGAUUUUCAUGGACCAAGGCGGAAGUUACUUUCCACAUUACCUGAGGAUGGCACAGAAACCAUUGGCUAUGUACUGGGAGUGAUUGCAAUUUUCAUUGGCUGGACAUCAAAGCUUCCUAUAAUUUCCAAGGCAGUUAGGGGGAAGAUUGAAGGCAGUCUCCAGCAAUCCGUUGUGAUCUUCACAAUGGUGGCAAGUGUUUUAUAUGCUGUUGCCAUUCUAUCCCAAGAGAAAAUCCCUGCUUUAAUCCUAAAAGCUUUGCCUUGGCUGCUUAUCUAUCUCGGUGGUGCAACUCUAGAUGUCUCUAUACUGUACCUAUUAUGUUUGCUGAAAAAUCAAAUUACUCGUCAACAAUGGGGUUUGGAGAUGGUGGUGGAACCUGAUACAAUCUCUCUCUUGAAAACAUCUGAACAAAAUGUGGAAGAAGACGAGCUUCAAGCUAACACGCAGAGCAUGGACUGGGUGCCACUGAACAUACCUCAGAACAACAGAUAUCUACGUAAGAUGGCAGAAAUAGGUCACUAUAUGGAUCUGAGCAUUGAACCAGUACAAGAGAUUGGACUUGGUGUUAAAAGAUUACCUGGAGAUGGGCAGACAUGUACUGAGAGAAAAAUAAAAAUGGCUUCUCUGAUUGUCCAUGAUCCUCCAAUGUAUCCUCCCAAGCGUGUCAUUCAUGCAAAAGUAUCUUCAUGUAGUUCAUCAGAUGCUACUUCUAUAAACUCUGAACUUGAGCAAAAGUACUUGGAGGCCCUAAAUUCAGAGCAGUGGGACUUUGAAGACAUGCCUCAACAAUGGAAGAUGGCAGAAAAGAAACACGACAAUGGGUUAAGCCAUGAUGCCGAUACCAUAAUGACUGAAGAAAGAACCUCAGCAAUUUUGGCCCAAUAUGAAGAAGAGAUAAACAUGACUGGACAUAGAAGAACAAGAUCUUUAUUAUCAUGAUGCAAAAAUGCAGCAUUUAUUUUUUGAUUAAAAUAAGGAUUUAUUGAUGUUUACAGAGCUUUUGCUUUACUGUUGACUACUGACUGAUAUUAGUAUAGGUAUAUAUGUCCUUAAAGAAACUUUUAUAUUUCUUUUGUAAACAAUUCCUGAAAAGGAAUAAAGGUAUUCUGGAUAUUGGUAAUUGUCUUUUCAUUGAAAAUACUAUCAAGUGGCAUAUACUUACCAAUAACCUACUCACAGAGGUCAUGUUGGUCUAAACACAGAUCAAAAAGCUGAGUUGCAGAAGUGAAAACAGAAUCACUACUCGUGAUAUCUUGGCAGCAAUUGACUGGGUUUGGCAACAAGACAUAUUGUUCAAACUAAAUUCAAUGGGAAAUUCAUUUCAUUGGGUGGAGUCUUGCCUUGUGCAAAGGAAGUUGGUUGUUAGUUUUCAAGUUUAAUCAUUCCAGCAACAAUGGUUUAAAAUUAAAAAAAACUUAUCAAAUCGGUUCAUUUUGUCUACUUGUAUAGUGGCUGGGCUUCCUGUUUUCUCCAUUAUCAGACAAAGCUAAAAGCCACAUUUCCCUUUGAAAAUGACAGUGUCAGCAACUUGGACUGGUUUAUAACAGAGAGGUUAUUUACUUCACAUCCACACUUCUCUGAGCUGAACCAGUGAAGGUAAGUUUCUUUCCCUACCCUUUUAACAGUAGAGUCAAAAUUUGAGGAAAGCAGAGCACAUCUUUUGAAGUUACUUGGAUAAAUCAAAUGGCUGCAAUAAGGGAUGUUAAAUGCAUAGGAAGAGGGAUAAUUAGCUAUACUGAAGGGUUUAGAUUUGAUGCCAAUUAAUUUAUAGUAUUCCUCCUGAAUGUUGCUGUUAUUUCCCCAAGUAGCUGAGGAAGCAGAGCUGUUAGAACACCGGAUACAACAUUUACUGUGAAUUUCAACAAUAUGGUGCAUUGUGUUGCUUAGAUUGUAGCAGUAUAUUUGAAAAAUUAAUAAAUAAUUUUCCAUUAAUAAUACAAAUAAUGCCAGAUCAUUAAAAGUUCUUAAAACAACAGCUGUAUUGUUAGAACUUCUGAGUUUGGAUGCAAGAAUGCACAUUCUUUAAUAGCUUUGAUGUAAAAUAAAGGUUGAUGUAAAUGUAUAUAAACUUGGUGCUGGAAUUUGUAAUAUAUUUAAAGUGACAGACAAAGUAUGGAAUUGAAUUUAUUUUUUCUAAAGGGUGUCCUACUAGCAUUAAGCAUUCUUUUUGUCUUUACUAGAACAGUUUUCUACAAAGGUUAUUGAUAUUGUUUUUUUAAAAAAAAUUCUUCCAGAGACAGGGAAUUCCUAUGUGGAAGAAGAAAAGGUGCAAACAGGAGAGUUUUCCAAAGAAAUUUAUAGCUGCUCACUGGUAUAAUACAGGCAGAAUACAUAGAGGUGUAUAGCACCAAAAUAAUCUCUUUAACGCAUCAUGUCAAUGCCGCCUUUUUCCCCUAUCUGCACCAAUCCCAUUUUCCUCAUUGGGAUUGAAUUCAUUUGCAUAUUGCCUACUUAACUAUCUGUCUAAAUGCCCUUUAAGCAUGUGACUGUGUCUGAUUUCACCACCUCGUCUUUGUAGCAUAUUCGAGGUAUCAAUAACACUCUGUUUACGAAAAAACCUUUCCCCUCAAAUCUGUUAUUAAACUCCUUCCUCUCAUCUUCAACCUAUACCUCUGUAUUUUUGAAACUCCUAACAUGGGAAAAAGAAUUUGACUAUCUGCCCUAUCUACACCUCUCACUGUUAGAGUGAAUUUCUUUUCGGGUAGAUGAUUUGUCACCCGACUUCUAUUUUAACUGUUUGAAAAAGGACUGUGGAUUGAGUCCACCACAAUGGGCUUCCUAAAAGGUGUAAAUACCAGAUGCUUCUGGUGCCUGAUGCUGUAGUUUCGAAGACAGUAUUAUCUAUACAUUAUAAAUAUUAAUUGUCUUCUAUGUUAGCACGUAAAAUGCCAAAUAAAUGUAUUGUGGAUUGAACUAAAGGCUGUGGAUGCCAACCCAGACAUGUUGGCGUCAGAAGGAAAGGAUGAAAUCGGAAGGAGUGAUGUUUGUAUGUAACUUCAAAAGGAAGCAUUGUCUAUGCAUUGUCCAUAACUUUUUAAGUAGCGAUUGCCUUUGUGUUUAGCAUAUAAAUAUCGAGCCCACAUUUAGCUAGCAGACCUUUCUGCGGAAAGCGUCUCUGUACGUAGAUACCUGCUGUACCUUGUUGUGUCGAAUAAAGAAGCUGCUUUGUA